AUGGCAGCCUUUAACUGCUCUUUUGAUGUAAUGGCUGAAAAAGGCGGAUGGCUUUGUCCUCUGGGGGAAAAGUGUGUCAAUCUGACCUCUGAUGCAAACGGCAGCCAUAUUGAACUGGAUGAUGCCUGUCUGUCGGAUGAAAGCUACCUAGAGAAGUAUUUAGGGCCUCGUCGAUCAUCUGUAUUCCUCCCUGUCUGCCUCACGUACCUGUUCAUUUUCCUGGUAGGUGUCAUGGGGAAUGUGCUGACAUGCACUGUCAUCGCACGCAACAAAGUCAUGUGGACGCCAACAAAUUACUACCUGUUCAGCCUGGCAGUGUCCGACCUGCUGGUGCUGCUGCUUGGUAUGCCAUUAGAACUGUAUGAGCUGUGGCAGAACUACCCCUCCCUCCUGGGGAAGGGUGGCUGCUACUUUAAAACGUUCCUAUUUGAGACUGUUUGCCUGGCAUCUAUCCUGAACGUAACAGCGCUGAGCGUAGAGCGUUACAUCGCUGUGGUGCACCCACUACGGGCAAAAUAUGUGGUGACACGCACCCAUGCAAAGAGGGUCAUCCUUACGGUUUGGGGAGUGUCUGUGUUGUGUGCUUUACCAAACACAAGUCUACAUGGGAUCGACAUCCUUCAUACUCAAUUCACCGGUCCUGCUGGGAACAUAACAAGAGAGUUCCCCGACUCAGCAAUGUGUACUCUAGUGAAACCGCCCUGGAUGUACAACCUGACCAUCCAGGUGACCACCUUCCUAUUUUUCUUCCUGCCCAUGCUCACUAUCAGCGCUCUCUACACACUCAUUGGGCUGCAGCUUAAGCGGGAGAAGAUGUGUCACACACUGGAGGCAAAGACAGGCUUUGGACAGGACAGCUUCUGUAACAUCCGGACACAGCAGCAGAAGGCCCGUCGCCGGCAGGUCACUAAAAUGUUGUUUGUUUUAGUGGUGGUUUUCGGGAUCUGCUGGGCCCCGUUUCACACUGACCGUCUCAUGUGGAGUUUCAUCAAUAACUGGACUGACUACCACCUGCACAUCUUUCAGUACGUACACAUCAUCUCCGGAGUGUUUUUCUACCUCAGUUCGGCCGUCAACCCUAUCCUGUACAACCUCAUGUCCACACGUUUUAGAGAAAUGUUCAAAGAGGUCAUGUGUCAUCGGCCCCACGACAUAAUUCCCAGAAAACACUCACUCAGUGUCACCCGUAUGACGCUCCGCAGCACCUUGAGUGAUGCUCCGCUGAGCUGUGGAGCUGCUGUCGUUGAAGCCGAGGCAGAAGAUGGAGAAGUGAGGAUAAAAGGUGAAACUUCUUUUUCGUGUUAA